AUGUUUAAAAAGAGAAAAUUGUCAUUUGGCUUUUUUUUAUAUACAUAUAAUUUAGCUGUUUCAUUCAAUCAACCAAAUUUGUCUUCAGUAGCAACUUGGGAUCGUAAUGGAAUAACAUUUGCCAACGAAUCGAUUAUUGGUGUGAAUCCCAAAGAUAUUUUUAUUGAUACAAAAAAUUCAAUUUAUGUCAUUGGUGGCGCCAACAAACAAAUUUUAGUAUGGCAUAACAAUAGUAUCAAUCCAAUACAAAUUAUUUCACCCAACUUCGAAGAUCUUUCAUCUAUAUUUGUAACAUCGAAUGGUGAUAUUUAUAUUAGUAUAGAUGAUGAGAAAAAUAAUGUAAUAAGAUGGAGCUCGGAAACAAAUACUUCUACCAUUGUUAUGAAUCCAUCAAGCAGAUGUUUCAACAUCUUCAUCGAUAUCAACGAUAAAUUAUAUUGUUCAAUGGCUCUUAAAUAUCAAGUAUCGAAAAUAGACUUGAACAGUUCUUCAACAGAUGCGAUAGUUGUUGCUGGUAUGGAUAGAGCUGGAUCUGAUUCGAAUCACCUUAAUAAUCCUCGCGGAAUCUUUGUUGAUGUUAACUUUGAUUUAUUUGUAGCAGAUAUUCAUAAUAAUCGAAUUCAAUUAUUUCCAUUUGGAGAAACAAAUGCCAUCACAGUUGCUGGUUCGCGAUCGGCCCGUCCAACUGUUGACCUCCAUAAGCCUACUGGAGUUAUAUUGGAUGCUAAGAAAUAUUUAUUCAUUGUAGAUAAAGGUAAUAAACGAAUUGUUGGAGAAGGACCAUAUGGUUUUCGAUGUUUAAUUGGAUGUUAUGGAUAUGGUUUUCAAUCUAAUGAUCCAGAUCUAGUUUCAAUGAGUUUUGAUAGCUUUGGAAAUAUAUUUGUUGUUGAUACCAAAAAUAUAUAUCUUGCUGAUAACAAAAAUAGUAGCAUUAUGAAAUUUCAACUGACGAACAUCUCUUCUGGUGAGUAG